AUGGGUUGCGCAGUGAGUACAGCGCGAGAUAAAGAAGCAGUGGAACGUUCGAAAAGUAUAGAUCGUGCGCUGCGAGCAGAGGGUGAACGCGCCGCAUCAGAGGUGAAAUUGUUGCUUUUGGGUGCCGGUGAAUCUGGAAAAUCCACAAUUGUAAAACAGAUGAAAAUCAUACACGAAACAGGUUACUCUCAAGAAGAAUGUGAGCAAUAUCGGCGUGUUGUCUAUAGUAACACUAUUCAGAGUCUGAUGGCAAUAAUACGUGCAAUGGGUCCACUAAAAAUUAAUUUCGCCGAUCCAUCACAAACAGAAAUAGCACGACAAUUCUUCACUUACGCUUCUGCAGCUGAAGAAGGUAUCUUACUACCAGAAAUUGCGUUGCUCAUGAAGAAACUAUGGGCCGACGGUGGAGUGCAACAAUCAUUCUCCCGUUCACGUGAAUAUCAAUUAAAUGAUUCAGCCGCCUUUUAUCUGAAUUCAUUGGAUCGCAUUUCACAACCGAACUACAUACCAACACAACAGGAUGUGCUACGAACACGUGUCAAGACCACGGGUAUCAUUGAAACACAAUUCAGUUGCAAGGGUUUGCACUUCAAAUUAUUUGAUGUUGGCGGUCAACGUUCGGAACGUAAAAAAUGGAUACAUUGCUUUGAGGGUGUGACGGCAAUCAUAUUUUGUGUUGCUCUUUCUGGAUACGACUUAGUUCUUGCCGAAGAUGAGGAAAUGAAUCGAAUGAUUGAAUCCUUAAAACUUUUUGACUCCAUUUGCAAUUCGAAAUGGUUUGUUGAGACCUCAAUUAUACUUUUCCUGAACAAAAAAGAUUUGUUUGAAGAAAAAAUUAAACGAUCUCCAUUAACAAUAGCAUUCCCAGAAUAUACGGGACCAAAUACAUUUGAGGAUGCUGCUGGAUACAUUGGCAUGAAAUUCGAAAAUCUGAACAAGAGAAAAGAUCAAAAGGAAAUUUAUACGCAUCUAACAUGUGCCACCGAUACGAAUAAUGUACAAUUUGUUUUUGAUGCUGUGACAAAUGUCAUCAUAAAAAAUAAUCUUAAAGAUUGUGGACUUUUUUAAUAUUU